AUGACUAGUACUGCAGAGAUAUACGCAAACUCACCCCGCUUCCGGCGGCGGUCGAGUACUUUCGUCGACGCAAUCCACGAUCUACCUACCAAAGAGGAAAUGGCCCCCGCCCAACUCUAUAGUACAGAAUCAGGCCGCCUUUUCCAUUCCGGUCGAAUAGUCAUCGCCACCUGCGGACUGCCAGCUCGGGGAAAGACACACACAUCUGUUGCCUUAGCCCGCUACCUGCGAUGGCUGGGUGUCAAGACGCACGUGUUUCAUCUUGGCGAUUACCGUCGUGCUACACUAGGCCCGGAAAACGAUGUGCCCGACGAUUACUUCUUCCUCAAUGCAUCGCCACAAUCUGUUUUGCUACGCAAUAAGAUCUUGAAAAAGUGCCGUGAAGACAUCUAUCACUUCCUGGAAAACGACAAGGGCCAAGUGGCCAUCUACGACGCUGUAAAUGCCAUUAGCCAAGGUCGCAGAUCAUUGGCCAAAGAAUUUGCCAAGAAUGGAAUCCAGACAGUCUUCAUCGAAUCACAUUGUACCGAUGAGCGCAUCAUCCAAGAGAACGUCCGUCGUGUCAAGAUUUCUUCACCGGAUUAUCAAGGAUGGAAGGACGAGGAUGCUGUCCACGACUAUCUGGCACGUAUCAAUGCACGGAUACCACACUUCGAGACCAUGGAGGAGCCUGAUUUACAUUGGAUCAAGAUGAUCAACGCUGGCGAGAGAGUGGUAGUGAACAACUGCGCAUUCGGAUAUCUCUCGCAAAGAAUAGUCUUCUAUCUACUCAAUCUCCACAUUAAGUCACGGCAAACAUACUUUGCUCGAGCCGGGACCACGCGAGAGGAAGAUUCUUACAAAGCAGAUGCAAGCCUCUCACCAGAAGGUCAUGAAUACGCUAAGAAGAUGAGUGAGGUGCUCCUGAAGUACCGCGAAGAGGAGAAGCAGAAACUGAUUGAGUCGGGAGCAACCGAUGCCUCCUUGAAGCCACUGACAAUCUGGACUUCCACACGUCGAAGGACUGUCCAAACGUCAGAGGUUCUGGCUUCCAUGGGCUACCGGGUUAGGCAGCGAUCGCAAAUGAGCCAGAUGAAUCCUGGUGUAUGCGAGAAAAUGUCAGAGGCCAAGAUCCGCGAAGAAUUCCCUGAUGAAGUUACCAAGCACGAAGCAGACCCUUACCACCAUCGGUAUCCGCGCGCAGAGUCGUAUCACGACCUUGCCGUACGCAUGGAACCCAUCAUUCUAGAACUUGAGCGUGAAGAGAAUGACCUUCUCAUCAUCGCUCAUGAGUCUGUCCUUCGUGUACUUUACGGGUACCUGAUGGCAUGUAAUGCGGCCGACAUACCCAAGCUCGAGUUUCCUCGCGAUGAGAUCAUUGAGAUCAUACCCUCAUCCUACAACAACGUGGCAAAACGCAUCAAGAUUCCUGAUCUACCUGAAUCGAUGGUUCCCGGAAGCCCCGAAGAUAUCAAGAUCCCCGUCCCCCCCAGUGGCGCUGUAAGUCCACUAUCUGGAAUGGGUACUCCUCAAGCCGGUUCCGGCACUGCGACACCCCAACAUGGCAUCCAACCUCUGAAUCUGAAGUCGCAUAUUAAUCCUUCUUCCUGA